AUGUCAUCCCAACCCGCACACCCGACGCUCCUGAUCCCAGGCCCCAUCGAAUUCGAUGAUGCGGUACUACAAUCCAUGAGUCACUACAGCGAGAGCCAUGUUGGCCCCGGCUUCGUCGCAACCUUCGGCGAGACUCUCUCGAUGCUCCGCAAGCUCUUCCAGACCACGGACCCCUCGGCGCAACCCUUCGUCAUCUCCGGCUCCGGCACUCUCGGCUGGGAUCUUGUGGCCGCCAACCUGAUCGAGUCCGGCGAGGACGUUCUCGUGCUCGGCACCGGCUACUUCAGCGACGGCUUCGCCGACUGCCUGCGAGUGUACGGCGCCAAUGUUACGGAGCUCAAGGCGCCCGUUGGCACCAAGCCGCAGCUGCCGGAGAUCGAGAAGGCGCUGUCGGAGAAGCGGUACAAGGCCAUCACCGUCACACACGUGGAUACCUCUACCGGCGUCCUCAGCGAGCUAAAGGAGCUGUCAGCCCUCGUCCACAAGGUCUCACCAGACACCCUCAUCAUCGUCGACGGCGUAUGCAGCGUGGCGUGUGAGGAGAUCGACUUUGAUGCUUGGGGUUUGGACGGCGUUGUCACGGCUAGCCAGAAGGCCAUCGGGUGCCCCGCCGGUCUCUCUAUCUCCAUGUUCAGCGGCCGGGCCAUGAAGGCCGUCCAAGCCCGGAAGACGCCCCCCGCCGCCUAUUUCGCGUCCAUGAAGAACUGGGCACCAAUCAUGCAAAACUACGAAGCCAAGAAGCCCUCCUAUUUCGCCACCCCUUCUCCUCAGCUCGUCCACGCCCUGCACACAGCUCUUAGCCAAAUCCUAUCGAAGCCCAUUUCCGAGAGGUUUGCCGCCCACAAGGCUGGCUCCGACAGGAUCAAGAAGGUCGUCACCGGCCUUGGCCUCAAGCAGGUUGCCGGCAACCCUGCCGAGCAGGCUCACGGCAUGACGGCCAUCUACCUCCCCGAGGGCGUCAAAGGCACCGACCUCCUACCCAUCCUCGGCAAGAAGGGCGUGGUGUUUGCCGGCGGCAUUCACAAGGAGAUCGCUACCAAGUACAUCCGGUUUGGACACAUGGGCGUCAGCCUGCUCGAUCCGAAGCGGACGGAUGUUGACCACGCUCUCAAGUCUUUGGAGGAGGGUUUGGCUGAGUGCGGAUAUAAGAAGCCAUAG